GACUUCCGGCCUUUUCGAGAUGAGGCGCUUAUUCAGGAAGGGAGGAGAUGUUUCUUAAUAUGGAUCAAAGUGUUAAAAUUAGUCAAUUACAUUAACCAAAUGCAAAUGCUACAGCAAGGCGUUUGUGAGAUAAAUGGAUGAAGAAAUUUAAAACAACUUUUUCCACAUUGCAUUACAACUACAAAGCUGACGCAGGAUUGCUAAAUGAGCUUAUUUUCAUUGAAAUAGCAUGGCUGGUUAGCUAGCUAACCAUAGUCUUCUGUCUAGACUCUAGCUUGUAACUAAUGGUUGUUACGUUGUGGAACAGAGCAAUAGUUAUUUGUACUUGUCAUUUGGUUGAAACUAACGUUAGUUAGAAAAUCAUUGUUUACUUUGUGUAUAUUUGUUGUGUAAUUGGUUGGCUUUGCUAGUUAGCAAGCUGAGAUUGAUUUGCUCAAAUUGGCUAACUUAGCUAUUGGCUAAUGUUUUAAGAGAACAGGCUAGCUCCCUGUAGAAUCUAGGGUAGAGAAUGUGGAAUAAAAUAUGUCUGGUGCAGUGCCCAGAUGAGGUGAGAGCAAACUGCUACAGAGAUGAAGAGGAAUCUCCAAAUGCCACGUUGAACGAGCACCACGAAUGGAGGAGGCAGAAAACAGGAACACAGCUUCUUUCUCCCACAUCUUCGCCAUACAAUGUUUACUUCAUGAACAACUGUUACAUCAGAAAUAAAUACAUUCUUUUAGUUUAUUCUGAGGUUUUUUUAAAUGCUGGAAGUGAGUAAAUUAGCAGGUCUAUAGUGUAAUGUAUUGUUUUGGAACAUUUAUUAUGUAUCUAUUCAGUCAAAACUCACUUAUUUUAUCUUUGUUAAAAUGUUUUGUACUGUUACUUUUUUACAUGCUGAAACAGACUAUGAUUGGGGAAAUGUCUACUGUAAAUGUCUACUACCUUUUUAAAAAUGUGGUUGAUGAAUGAAAAUAGCAUGUUUUUUAAUAGUUUUGUUGCGACUGUCUGGUGAGGAAGUGAGCAAUAUGGAAUACGUUGGAGGAGGAAGGGAGAAUUAAUGAGCUAUUUUUGAAACUAUGGUAACCAACUUGAGUGGUGCCGUCUCAGAUUACAUCACAUUUUCACAUGGACAUAUAUAUAUAUAUAUAUAUAUAUAUACACUGAACAAAAAUAUAAAUGCAACCUGUAAAGUGUUGGACACAUGUUUCAAGAGCUGAAAUAAAAGAUCCCAGACAUUUUCCACACGCACGAGAAUGUCACCUUUAUUUAACCAGGUGGCCUCAUUGAGAACACAUUCUCAUUUGCAACUGCAACCUGGCCAAGAUAAAGCGUAGAAAUUUGACACACAACAACACAGAGUUACACACGGAGUAAAAACAAACAUACAUUCAAUAAUACAGUGGAAGUAAUUACAAUAUAGCAAUUUAACACUGUAAUGGUAGAUGUGCAGAAAAUUAAUGGGCAAGUACAGAUACUGGGGUGCAAAGGAGCAAGAUAAAUGAAUAAACACUGUAUGGGGAUGAGGUAGAUCGAUGGGCUGUUCACAGGUGGGUUAUGUACAGGUGCAGUGAAGAAGCUUAUUUAUCUGAAAUGCUGUGAACCCUGGUCCUUCCACCCCUGCCUCAAUAACAGUUUAUAUAUUCCCUUUUAGAAAACAUUUGAAUUCAGCCUUUGUGGUUUGGAACGUAUAGUGACUAUUAUUGAUUUAAUUUAUUUAUCAAACAAAUGGGCGUUUGGAAAAGUUGGUACUUUUCGCAAAACUAUCCCCUCUAGUGGAUGUAUAGUGUCAUAACUUUUUUUUCUUUUUUUAAAUAUCCUUGAUAUUUAGCUUGAAAAAUUAUGGAUAGCUAAUUAAAAUGUUAAAAAAUACCUCUAUGAAUUAUGAAUACUUUUCUUUUUUUUCAAUACAUAAAUGCUUAAAAAAAAUCACAAAAUGCGACGUUAGCUACCAAAUAUAAAAUGUUAAGCAAUUAUCCAAAAACAACUACAAAAACGCAAUUCCUUACCCAAUAGGCUGUACAGGUGUAAUGAACGAGUGUAAAAAUGACCAUAACAAGUGUUCAAAUCACCUGUAAACACACAUUGAACAGAUUGAAUGAACCAGUGUAAAAAUGACCAUUACAAGUGUUCAAAUCACCUGUAAACACACACUGAACGGGUGAAAAAAAAUCACGUGUACAGAAAAUGACAUUUGAUACUUGAAAAAAGCAAGUGUAAAAAUGAUAAUCACAAGACGUGUUCCGGGUAGGACGUUUUGAACCUCUUGGCCUUCCAUACGUCAUGCUCGCUUAUAAAGAUCAGAUAACUCUUAACACGUGUUUUCAUAUCUGGCUGGCUCAGUUCCAGAAUGAAUCCACUAUUACGCUCUGCUCGGAUUGAAGUGACUUGUUAACAAGCAAAACUGACACAGUUUCUUUCUGCUUUCUUCCAUCAAUAGCUGGGGACUCGUAAAAUGCGGUUGAAAGGUAUAUUUUUACUCCUAUCUUUAGGAGCGUUCACCUCUUAUUAUGUUUACCAGCCCAUUCCAGACGAGAUAGAGGAGAGAUGGAAACUCAUGUUGACCGACUGCUUCUUCAGAAGUCUCAGCCACCUGGCAGACUUCAGUGAGCUGCUGGGGUUGAGGGACUACAUGGAGGUGAUGAUGUUCAUCACGUUCGCUGAGCGGGUUGUGCCCGUGUCAGACCAACGUGUGCACGUCACAGAGGAGCUGUUUGAUGGGGUGGAGGUGGUGGUGUACCAGCCCAAACUGCAGGGCGGCGACACUGAGCUGAGGAGAGCAGUCAUAUACCUGCACGGAGGAGGAUGGUGCCUGGGCAGCGCCAGAAUGGGACCAUAUGACCUCCUGGCUAGGCAGAUGGUCAUGGAUCUUAACUCUGUGGUCGUGUCUGUCGAGUACCGCCUGGCCCCCGAGCACCAUUUCCCCGUCCCCUAUGAGGACGUGUACCGGGUGGUGAAGCACUUCCUCCAGAGGGGGGUUCUGGCCCAGUACUCUGUAGACCCAGGACGCAUCGCUGUAUCUGGGGACAGCGCCGGGGGAAACCUGGCUGCGGCCGUGUCCCAGCAGCUGCAGCAGGAUCCAGAACAGCAGUUGCAGCUGAAGGUCCAGGCGCUGCUCUACCCUGUGCUUCAGGCUCUGGACCUCAAUACCCCGUCCUACCAGCAGAACCAGAACAUGCCUAUCCUGCCCCGUACCCUAAUGGUGCGCUUCUGGAGCGAGUACUUCACCAGCGACAAGACCUUCUUCAGGGCCAUGAUGACCAACACUCACAACAGCCCAGAGUCCGCUGCUCUGCUCAAAUUUGUCAACUGGAGUGCCUUCCUGCCAGAGUCCUACCUGGGCAAGUACAACUACAGCGCUCCGGUCGUGGCGUUGUCGGCGGGGUCGGACGGGCCAUCGCGCUCCAUUGUUGACCCCCGGGCCUCGCCCCUGCUGGUCCCGGAUGCCGUUCUACGCUCGCUACCCAAGGCCUACGUUCUGACGUGUGAGUACGACGUGCUGAGGGACGACGGGGUGAUGUACGCCGCGCGCCUGCGUCGCGCCGGAGUCGAGGUGACUCACGAACACUACGCCGGAGGUUUCCACGGCGCCCUCAUGUUCACCAUGUGGCCAACCGACUUCCUGAUUGGACGCACGAUGACGGAAAACUUAAUCAGAUGGCUGCAGCAUAACUUGUAGAAAACAGAAAAAAAUGUUAUGGUGUUUCAAUGUUCAUUCCUGUUUCCAUAGCAACACUGCACCUGUUAUGUGCUACUGUACUUUACAUUUUGUCUGUUUGUUUUUACUCAUCUUUUUUUCUUAUUUUUUUUAAAACAAACUAAAGCACUGUCUGUUUAAAUCAAAAGGGCACAUACUAAGGGUUUUUGUACUCUGAUACUACAUCCCCACAACAAUACCAGAUGCCAGUCAAAAGCCUGGAUUUUCUAAUCGCCAAGGAAACCAAUGAGGCAGAUACAACUGAUGCCAGAUACAAGACGUUUGAUGAAGCCAAGUGUUGUACAUUUCAUGUUGCUCUUGCAGCUGAAUUCACUAUAAUAGCCUGAGUGUUCUAUUAGCAGAGUCCCUACGGUCACAGGGAGAAAGACGAGGACGAAUGGUAGUUUGGUGUUGUCUUUUUAGAAUUGAGUGGGUAUGGAUAUAUUGUUUGUCGAGGACCAGUCCAGAUUACUAGGGAGGAACAUUGUUGUCUUCUCGAGUUCUUCUCAUCCCCUAAAGGCCUGUUAGGCUCAGUGAUCAUGUGAGGUGUACUGAGCCUGUUGUCUUCCCACCUUUCUGUCUCGCUGUCACUCACACUGUCUCAAACUGCCUGCCCUGUGACAUGGAAGGACCAACACGAGGGAAAAGGGGAAGGACAAGGGGUUAAGGAAACCCCUCUACAGCAUGUCAGGCUUGAGGUAUUUUUGUAGUCUGAGCAUGUAGCUGUUAUUGAGGUUGAACAGAGCUGCAGUCAAUUGAAAGUAGUAGCUUAGAGCUAAUGGUCUCCCUAUCGGUUCCCCAGCUGACACACAAUCUUGUUGGGGGAAACGAAGCUCCGUGUUCUUUAUCAUGGGAUCAGACGUGAUGACUUGCACACAUAAUAUAGACAUCUAAUCUGCGAUACUAUUUUGUUUUGCUUCAGUAUUCACCUUACAAAUCCUUGUAAAUAUCAUGACUGUCAUGUGUAGUGUUUUUGUUUUUCAUGUGAAAUACAGAGAAUUGAAUACGUGCAUAAUAAAAUGACCUGAUGGUCUGCUUCCCA